AAUGUCAUCGGAAACCCCACCAGGACUAGAACCACUUCUGCAGAUGGACAAGAUUAUGAUAUUUCAGAAGAUGGAACCCAUAGAAGUCAUACUUGGGAUUGAGACCGUCAACAAGUAUGAGGUUAAGAACAAUCUUAAUCAGCAGAUCUACUAUGCCCUUGAGAAGAGUAACAUAUGCUGCAGAGUGUGCUGUGGAAGUAGCCGAGCAAUGAAAAUCCGCAUUAUUGACAAUACGGACACUGAAGUAAUGUGCCUCAUACGGUCUCUCAGAUGUCAAACCUGCUGGUGUCCCUGCUGCUUGCAGGAGAUGGAAGUGCAAGCUCCACCCGGUCAACCAAUAGGAUACGUUAUCCAAAGAUGGAACGCAUGUAUGCCAAGGUUUUCUAUUCAAAAUAAAAGCAGGCAUACUGUCCUGAGGAUAUGUGGUCCUUGUUGUCAAUCUGGCUGCUGUAAGUCUGUACAUUUUAAGACCAAUGGAGUCUGCAGCGAGUUGUGA